UACACACUUCAAAGGGCUUAUUAUUUUUAUUUAUCAGUAGUAUCAGUAAUCAGACGAUUCUAUAUAGUAAAAUUUCUACGCAAAGGUCUUCUUUUGAUUGGCAGCCGUUACUAUACCGCCUAGAAGUUGUUGUAUUCAACUAAAGGCUUGUUGCCAUGGCAAAUAUGCACAGUAAAGGGGAUUAUUGACAAGUUAAACGUCUUGGAACAAUGGAACCUGCUAAAGUAAUUGGAAAGCUAAAGGAGCAGGUGCGCAUGGAGCAUAAUUCGCGUCGAAAUUUUCCAAAAGCUUGGAGCGAAAUUUCGGGCAAGCAAACUAACAAGUUCUACCACCAAUCUGAGAUAAAUUCUCAACUAAGUAACCAGCUUAAAUUAAAAGACCUGUGCCCUUUUCUGCACAACAACCAGGGCGAAUCGCGAUUUGUAUCUCCGGGGAUGUACAAACCUUUACUGGCUGUCUGUCGUUGUGGUCGACCUAGGGAAAACCAUCAUAUGGGGAAAUGCUUACAAAGAGCGUUAAGUCCAGAUUACAAACAAGCCAUGAUACAAAAGGGCACUCCGGAAGGGAAUGCCGAACGAUUGAGUGUGCCUUCCACUUCAAGCUCUACCAUUGGCUUCAUAGGUAUUUCGACAAACUACCAAAAGCUGGAGCGUUCUAUGCAAUAUGUUUCGCCUGCGUAUUCAAUGCCUGGCCCUCGAAUUACAGCAGUCCCCUACAAUAAUAUUAUUAUUGGAUAAACCAUCACUUAUUAUAUAGUUUCUUGUUCAAAAUUCCAAACCAGAUUUUUGAUGAAUCAAACCUGGGAUAUUCCUAGCUUAUCGCAGAUUUAAGCACACGAUAAUAAACUACAAAAUUGACAGCGGUCAUCGUACAGAACUGGAUUUUCCAGACGGUUGUCUACUUUAGAAACCUGAAUUCAGUGGCGUUCCCAUUCUAUUUACCACUUUGUAUCUUGAUUCACUAAAAUAAAACAUUUUAGUAUAUGAAGAUACAAUUUUACCCCCACGACUGAUUUCUGCAAGCGCCCCUGCCUGUUUUAUAUUGCGGUGUUCAAUGUAUGGUUUAGUGCAUUUGAUUUUGGGUUGUUUCAGUUUCGCUCGAUCAGCGAACGAAAGUACAUACGAGUAUAGCUUGAGGAUUCAGUUAAAGAUGUGCAUCGCUUGGCAUACAAUAUUUAUUUUGGCUUGUUUAAGUCAGUUGUGCGCAGCCCAAGAACCUUUAGUUUUCGCCACAUCUAGUAACCCAUGGAAUAAUGCACCAUCCACGACGACAGUACCACUUU